GAAAAAAAUGUUUAUUAUGAAAUCAACAAUGUACAUGCUACGAAGGUUUCUCAAAGGAAAUACAUAUUGUGCAUGUCGGAAGUUUCUAACUGAUGCUGAAUUUUGUGGUUUUAAUCGAACCACCUACAUAAAGAAAUUGCCUCACUUAAAAGAUUUCAGGAAGAACGAAGUGUUAAGAGGCAUUCACUCGAAGACAUCGGGGAAUAUAGAGGAUAUCUCGGUAAAAGAAACUGUCUUGGAUACACUCAUCGAUCCAACGGGAACAGGGAGAGAUAUGACAGGUGAUCUUGAUCCGGACUUGGUAUCUCAGACAUUGAUGAGUUUUUCAAAGCGUUCUGAAGUAUUUAAAGCAGCAGAAAUGGAGGGUUUAAAGGAACCUUUCUUAUCCAAAGCAAUGGAGCGUUUUAUUGAAUUUCUGACAAGUAAUUUAAAUCAGCUUCCUGCCCAGUUGCAUGUGGUUUUAUACGACAUUAUUAACAGAGAAGGUGAAGGAAAGCAUGUGGAUGAUUUAUUUCCAUUUUUCAUUGACCAUGCCAAGAAGAUAUAUCCACAUUUUGAGUUUAAACAAGACCUUCAGCUAAUCUGUGAUCUAACGCAACCUGCUAAUUGGUAUCCUGAAGCUCGAAGAAUGAAGAGAAAAAUUGUUUUUCACAGUGGGCCUACUAACAGUGGGAAGACUUAUCACGCACUAAAGUCAUUCAUGAAUGCAGAAAGUGGUGUGUACUGUGGCCCACUUAGACUGCUAGCAGUGGAAGUAUUUAACAAAUGUAGAGAAAAUGAAGUCCCCUGUGAUUUGGUGACUGGAGAAGAGAGACAGUACCAUUUUAGGCCUGAUAAACCUGCAGCCCACAUCUCCACAACAGUAGAGAUGACCAGCACCACAACAGAAUAUGAUGUGGCAGUCAUUGAUGAGAUUCAAAUGUUGAGGGACCAGGAGAGAGGAGGGGCCUGGACAAGGGUACUUCUGGGUUUAUGUGCCAGAGAAAUCCAUCUCUGUGGAGAGGAGGCAGCCAUUAAUCUUGUACGGAAGAUCGUCGGCAGUACAGGAGAUACAUUAGAGGUAAAACGUUAUGAACGUUUAACAAAACUGAGGUUCGACACCAAACCAAUAGUGAAAGAUGUUGCCAUUGUUACUAGAAAUAGAAAUUUUUAUGAAAUCUCUACCUCUUCUACAAAUUUGGUUUGA